AUGGAUGGAUCUGAAUGGUCAUUUGAUAAUUUAAAUAGCAUUUGUUGGGCAAUAGGAUCGAUAUCUGGAUGUUUGCCAGAAUAAGAUGAGAAAUAAUUUUUAAUUCACACAAUUAAAAAUUUACUUUCCCUUUGUGAAGUCAAGAAAGGUAAAGAAAAUAAAGCUGUUGUUGCUGCCAAUAUCAUGUAUGUUGUAGGACAAUACCCAAAAUUCUUGAGAACUAAUUGGAAUUUCCUGAAAACAGUCAUUAAGAAGCUAUUUGAGUUCAUGAAGGAGACCUUCCCAGGUGUACAAGAGAUGGCCUGCAAUACAUUUUUAACCAUCAGUUAAAAGUGUGGCAAAGAGUUUGUCAUAAGACAACAAAUUCAAUCUGAUCAAUUGGAAAGAGAACCCUACAUCUGUGAACUCAUUAGAAACAUCAGAGAUUAGGUUGCAAUAUUAUAAGAUCAAUACAAAUUGGUGUACUAUGAAAGUUUGAGUCACAUGAUCAAAUUUGAAGAAGACUUAAACAUCAGAAUUCAAUUAGUCAACAGUUUAGUCAAACAUCUAAAUGAUCAGUUGAGUCAAUAUACUUCAUCAAGCAAUUAUAUUGAUCUCUUUAAAGAUGAAAAAGUUUAACAAUUCUUCGUCCAAUAUUUCAGAAUCCUAUAACAAAUAGUUCAACCUACUGGAUAUGCUUUUACUCAAUCAUUAAUUUAACUGUUACCUACCUACAAUCAAAUAUAUCUCUUUUAUAGUCAGAGUAUCCAAUAAUAAGUACUCGCACAAGGAGUUGUCGUUAUGGGUUAUUAUACAGUGAAGAAAUAGAGGGCUGUGAAAAAGGAAAUCUUGAAAUUAUAUGCAACUUACUUCCAAAAUAACGAUCAAGAAUUAUUGAACAAGAACUAUCAAUUAAAAAACUCAUUAGUUAUCCCUAUUUGUAAUCUCCUUGAUGAAUACUCUUAAUCUAUAAACGAAUAAAAGGAACCAGAAUUGCUAUUGACUUUUAAAUACAUGCUUGAGAAGUUCCUCGCACCAAUUGAGGAUCUAGUUCCAUUGAUUUUAAAAGGACUGUUCGAUGCUACUAUUAGAUUAAUAAGUCAAGAUUUCAACUCUUACCCAGAUCAUAGAAUCAACUUCUUUGAGUUUUUGCGAUCUUGUGUCCAAUAUCAUUUAGUGGCAUUAUUUAAUAUGCCCUAAGACUAAUUUAAAUUAAUGAUAGACUGCAUUGUUUGGGCAUUCAAACAUCAAGUACCUAAUUUAUAAGAAUUGGGAUUGGAUGUCUUAUACUAUAUCUUAUAAUAAGUCAAUAGCGAUGCAGUUGUUGCCAAUCAAUUUUAUUCCCUCUAUCAUUUAAGAUUGUUAAAGGAUAUCCUAGAAAUUUUGACUGAUAAUCUACAUGCUAGUGGAUUUAAACAUUAAAGCCAAAUAUUAAUGAUCUUGUUCUAAGUUGCCUCUAAUUAACAAAUCACAGCUAAAUUAUCCAAUGAACAAGUCGGAUCAAACUUAGAGUUUAUAUCCUAAUAUCUUGUGAAUUCCUUAUACAAUGCCUUCCCUAAUGUUAGUAAACAAUAAACUGAAUUACACAUUGCUAGAAUGUUUUAGAACUUAAAUAACGCACACAACUUUAGAUAAGAACUUAGUGAUUACUUAAUAAAUUUAAAAUAAUUCCAAGAAAGCCAUGAUCAUUUAAAACAACCAGAAAAUACAGAUGAGUUAUUAACAGCUAAGCCUUAAUGAAAUGACAUUAAAUAUUAUACAAAAAAUAUAUGUAUUUAAUCUAAUAAUAUU